AUGCAUGCAGUGUCAGCAAGGCAUAUCAGCACGUGGAAUGGGGCAGUCACCGACAAGUACUACUGGUCCCAGUCCUUGCAAGAGGUGACGCUAGAGAUUGAGGUUGGCAAUUGCAAGGCUUCUGAUGUCAAGGUGGACAUAAGUGCAACCAGGCUCACCGUGAUGAGAGGCGAGGAGACGGUGCUGGUGGGGAAGCUGCAUGAGAAGGUCUUGCCAGAGGAAUCAAUUUGGCACCUAGAAGAUGAGCAUCAGGUCAUCAUCUCCAUGCAGAAGUCCAGAGAAAACUGGUGGAAAUGUGUCCUGGAGGGUGAUCCGGAGAUCGACACUACAAAGGUGGAGUCGACCCGGAAGAUGGAGGAGUAUGAUGGUGAGACGCAGGGUGCCAUCAGGAAGAUCAUGUUUGAUCAGAACCAGAAGCUUCAGGGCAAGCCAAGCUCCGAUCAGCUCCGGACAGCCGAGAUGAUGAAGGAUGCAUGGAAUGCGGAAGGGUCUCCUUUCCGCGGCACGGAAUUUGACCCCACUAUGUUGAACCUCUCCGGACCAGUUGGCGAGGAUUUCUUCAAGGCCAUGGAGGAGAAGCGAAUCCAGGGAGCACGCGAGAGACAGGGUGGCUCGCAGUGA